CACGUCGAUCAAAUGGACAUUAUUUUGACAGUAAAUCGUCCUGCAAAGGGGUUGGCUGUAUUUGGAGCUCGAGCUGUCAGAGAGGAGGGCAUGAUCAUGCAUCAAUAAACAGUCAGUUUUGAUGGUAUGACUGUUGGGCCAGAAAACGAGCAGGACUUUCAUCCAGAGGGAAGAGCCCCCCAUUGUGUCUGUCCCCACUGUGUCUGGGCCUGGUUUCCUUGUGAUGGCAUGGUGGCUCACUGAAGGUUGCCGUGCUGGGAAAUAAUGUCAAACCCCAGCGGCCCCAACCAGAACAAUGCUCCUGUGUUCUUUUUUGGUGGUGAGGAUGAUGAAGAGGAUGAAGAAGGGGGCAGCUUGAGGACAGACAUGCAGAUGGACCCUGAUUUGCCCCCGGAGCGGCAGAUCGUAGUGGGAAUCUGCUGCAUGAUGAAGAAGUCCAACUCCAAGCCCAUGACGCAGAUCCUGGAGAGGCUGUGCAGGUUUGAGUACAUCACUGUCUCCAUCUUCCCCGAGGACGUCAUUCUCAAUGAUGCCGUGGAAAAAUGGCCACUCUGCGACUGUCUCAUAUGCUUCCACUCCAAAGGAUUCCCGCUAGACAAGGCAGUGAGUUACGCAAAACUCAGAAACCCCUUACUCCUCAAUGAUCUGAACAUGCAGUACUUCAUACAGGACAGGAGGGAGGUGUAUCGCAUCCUACAGGAGGAGGGGAUUGAUCUGCCUCGCUAUGCUGUUUUAAACCGGGACCCAGACACCCCCGAAGCGGGUAACCUGGUUGAAGGGGAGGACCAUGUGGAGGUGAACGGUGACAUUUUCCAGAAGCCGUUUGUGGAGAAGCCAGUCUGUGCAGAGGACCACAAUGUGUACAUCUAUUACCCCUCUUCAGCAGGAGGGGGCAGCCAGCGUCUCUUCCGAAAGAUUGGCAGUAGGAGCAGUGUAUAUUCCUCUGAAAGCAGAGUGAGAAAGACAGGCUCCUACAUCUAUGAGGAGUUCAUGCCUACAGAUGGCACAGAUGUGAAGGUAUACACUGUAGGACCAGACUAUGCCCAUGCAGAGGCUCGUAAGUCUCCAGCGCUGGAUGGGAAGGUGGAGCGGGACAGCGAGGGGAAAGAGAUCCGCUACCCUGUGAUGCUCUCGGCCAUGGAGAAACUGGUGGCUCGCAAAGUGUGCCUGGCCUUCAAGCAAACAGUGUGCGGCUUUGACCUUCUUCGAGCAAAUGGCCACUCCUUUGUCUGUGAUGUGAAUGGAUUUAGCUUUGUGAAGAACUCCAUGAAGUACUACGACGAUUGUGCCAAAAUCCUGGGAAACAUGGUGAUGCGGGAGCUGGCCCCUCAGUUCCAGAUCCCCUGGUCCAUCCCCAUAGAGGCAGAGGACAUCCCCAUUGUCCCCACCACCUCUGGGACCAUGAUGGAGCUGCGCUGUGUCAUUGCAAUAAUCCGACAUGGAGACCGUACCCCCAAGCAGAAGAUGAAGAUGGAGGUCAGGAACUCAAUGUUCUUUGAUCUGUUUGGGAAAUACGGAGGCUACAAGACUGGGAAACUCAAGCUGAAAAAACCAAAGCAGUUACAGGAGGUUUUGGACAUUGCUCGGCGGCUGCUGGCAGACGUAGGGCAGCAUAGCGACUGCGAGAUCGAAGAGAAGAAGUCCAAACUGGGACAAUUGAAGACCGUUCUGGAGAUGGAGUCAAGCAUGAAUGACUAUCAGUAUGGCCAUUUCUCUGGAAUAAACAGGAAGGUUCAGCUCACCUACCUGCCACAUGGACGGCCAAAAACUUCUAGCGAGGAAGAAGACUCACAGAAAGAGGGCCCAUCGCUGCUGCUGGUGCUGAAAUGGGGAGGGGAACUGACCCCCACAGGCAGAGUCCAAGCCGAGGAGUUGGGCAGGGCCUUCCGCUGUAUGUACCCUGGAGGACAAGUUCUAGGGAGCAGAGGCGAGCACAGGCUCUCCUCUGGAGCACAUGCUGUGCGGUGCAGCUGUUUUCUACUCUGCAGUGCAGCUGCAGAGCUGCAGUCACUGCUUCACACACAGCACUACACUCCAGGUGAAGCUGGCAGCAUGCACUUCAGAGGAGAGCACAAGCAGACUGCAGCUGGUAGUCACAGGUCCCUGGGCUGUGAGUCCCCCGUAGACUGUGGCGACUACGCUGGGUUCCCGGGCUGCGGUCUGCUCCGCCUUCACAGCACGUACCGCCACGACCUGAAGAUCUACGCCUCAGACGAGGGCCGUGUGCAGAUGACCGCCGCUGCUUUCGCGAAGGGGCUGCUGGCUCUAGAGGGGGAGCUGACUCCCAUCCUGGUUCAGAUGGUUAAGAGUGCCAACAUGAAUGGGCUGUUGGACAGCGACAGCGACUCUCUGACUGGCUGCCAGCAGCGCGUUAAAGCCCGGCUGCAUGACAUCAUGCAGAAGAACCAGGACUUCACCGAGGACGACUACAGCAAGCUUGCUCCCACAGGCAGUCUGUCCCUGGUGAAUUCCAUGAGGACAAUUGAGAACCCUGUAAGGACAUGUGACCAGGUGUACAGCCUCAUUCAGAGCCUCACCUCCCAGAUCCGCAGGAAGCUGGAGGACCCCAAGUCCACUGAUCUGCAGCUGUACCAUAGUGAGACCCUGGAGCUCAUGUUGCAGCGCUGGUCCAAACUGGAGCGGGAUUUCCGCACGAAGAAUGGUCGCUAUGAUAUCAGCAAGAUCCCCGACAUCUACGACUGCAUCAAGUAUGACGUACAGCACAACGGGUCCCUGGGGCUUGAGCACAUGCUGGAGCUCUUCAGACGGUCCCGUGCGCUGGCUGACAUCAUCAUCCCGCAGGAGUACGGCAUAAACAAAGAGGAGAAGCUGGAGAUCGCCUACGCAUACUGUCUCCCACUGGUGAAAAAGAUACAGCUGGACCUUCAGAGGACACACGAGGAUGAGUCUGUCAACAAGCUCCACCCAGUGUACUCCCGUGGAGUGAUGUCCCCCGGACGUCACGUACGAACGCGGCUGUACUUCACCAGCGAGAGUCACGUCCACUCCCUGCUCAGCAUCUUCCGCUACGGGGGUCUGCUCAAUGAGGAGAAAGAUGAGCAGUGGAAGCGUGCAAUGGAUUAUCUGAACGCCGUUUCUGAGCUGAACUACAUGACCCAGAUUGUCAUCAUGCUGUACGAGGAUAAUAAGAAGGACCCCUCUUCAGAGGAACGCUUCCAUGUGGAGCUGCAUUUCAGUCCAGGAGUGAGGGGGUGUGAGGACCAGGAAAAUCACCCCCUGGGUUUUGGGUUCCGCCCAGCUUCCGCAGAGCAGAGAAAGCAGAAUGCGAGCAGCCUUGAGGACCUAUCGCCAGAAGAGCCUGACCAGGCCUCGCCUUUCUCUGAGCCUAUCAGCAUUCAGCAGAGAUCACUCAUUCGCAGUCAGAAAGCCAGCGACAUGGAGACGCUCUGUGACACGCCCCGCGGGGCCGGACACCGCCUGUUCCCCUCCUGCUCGCGCCAGUCUCCGGAGGCCCGGCAGAACGCAGCAGAGUUGUUCUCUAUGCCGCCAGUUAAGAGAUUUUCUGUGUCAUAUGCAAAUCAUCCAACUAAUGGGUUUGAGGGCUGCUCUCUGGUGCCCUCUAUCUACCCCCUGGAGACUCUGCACAACUCGCUCUCUCUCAAGCAGGUGGAUGAGUUCCUGAGCGCCGUGUGCGAAAAUGACGGAGACUCCAGAGCUAACAUCGCUCUCUCUGCCAUAUUCGACUCUCAGACUCAGCCUCCUGUGGACGCCUAUAUCCCCCAGCGCGUCCUGUCCUGCCCUCCAUUGUACAUCCCCGCCCAGAUGGCUCAUGCAGCUACAGCAGCAGUUCCUCCUCCCCCAUGACCACAGACGCACCAUUCUGCUGCUCCAGCAUAGCGUGGAGAUGCUGUCAGGGCAUUAGGGGAGUGGCCAGACUGUCAGCUCCUCCUACAUGUCCAUCAACGAGACCUUCACACCAGCGUGACCAGCAUUCAGCCAAUCGACAGCCUGCGAAAGCCAUGUGAUUAGCCAAUGAGCUGUACGAGUACGGCAGCCAAAUGAAGUUUCUAAUAGCUCCUUCCGCCUGCAAGUACCACACCACUUUUCUAGAUCUCCAUGAGGCUAAGCCACACCCCUCCACCCCCUUUGCAGGCCAAGACGUGCCCCUUCAGAUCAAAAAGAAGGUCUUUGAUUUAGGCUCCAACACCCAGAAGUCCGCAUGACCUCACAAAACACAGUGGGACUGUGAAUGAGAACUAGGGAGAUAGAGAGUCACUCCCUGAACAGUGGAGUAGCUGAAGCUCUAUUCUGUCAUUUUCACAGUAAAGCUGGAGCCUGCCUGCUUCUGAGCUGGUGACUGAAUCUAAAGUCUCUCAGGAAAACUGCUGUUAUGCUAUUCUGUACUGCUCUCAUCAAUAUACUGCCUGCUCUCUCAAUUCACAGAACGUCUGAGCAUGAGCCUGUAGUGUGUGUGCGUGUGUGUGAGCGCGUGUGUGUGUGUAUAUGUGUGUGAGUGAAUGUCCACAUGCUCCUUAUAUGCAACCUGACAGAACUGGGUCAUAGAGGAGACAGCUCAGUUUGGCACCUGGUCUAGGUUUGUUUUUUUUCAGCACUGGGCCUAAUGCUGGGUCAGUGUUUAUAAAUGUCAGCUUCCCCUGGCAAUGCUCUGAGCCAUCAGCAAUAGAAGCACAGCAGUGCCGCAGUAAGAGACAGUUACUCAGGUGUUACUCCUACUCUGUGUAAUUACUCAGGUGUUACUGCCACUGUUACUAUGGUUAUCUUCUGUAGUCACCUCAUCUACUGUACUUUCCUUCUACUACAUUCUAUGCCAAAUUCCUGAAUUCACAGCAAACUACUUUCAUGCAAAAGCCCAUUAUACCUGUGCCUGAUGAAUCCCAUAAAUCUGAGCUGUGUUUAUCAGCUUAAACAUUUAUUAAAUAAUUUAGUUUUACCUGUGUUUUGAACAUCAUACUAAAUGUUACAUACCAAAUCUUUGAAGCUUAUAAUAUUAGGGGUUGUUACAGCUAAUCCCUUGAUCAAUGAAGGUUGCUGAAAAUGUGUUUUGAACUCUUGCACAAGUUAUUAAUGCAAUGCAGUUUGGCUUGUUACCAUUAGUUUUUCUUUGAACUCACCAGUUAGUCUAUCAUUUAAUCAGCAUUUUAAAAUGCAACCUCUAAAGUAAUACUUAGCCAUAUAGCACAUUGUGUGAAAUGAACAUUAGUUGACCAUACUGUUAAAGUCCUGGAGAUGGGACCAUUCAUAUAUGGGGUAACUCAUACCUCAACAGACAUUUAAAAAGGUCCAGUUGAGAACAAUUAGCAGCUUUUUUAAAAUUCAGGGGUUGCUUUUGUGGUUGGAACAGAGCCCAGUGUACAGAAGGGGAGAGGACCAAGUCUGAGAGACCAUGGUUUAGAUUUAAGAAACAAAACGUCACCAGACUCAGUUGUAAUUUAGGUUUUUACUCUGUUUUGGGCACAUAAUUUGGGUCACUGUGGCUGGUAUAAUCUUUACUGCAUGUUUAUGAUACAUUAUUGUUUUACAAAAUUACUUUAUAUAGUGUUUGUUUAAAAGUGUUGAUAUUUCUCUUACAUGAGAAAACAUUUUAUGUUAUUUAAUUUGGAAAUCAAAACUGCUCAGAAGCACCCACUGCAAAUUGACAUUGUUAGUGUGUUAUUGUGACACAUAUACUGUGUGAGAAUUUUAAUGGUUGUUUUGCCUGAUAAAAAUGACUGUAUGGAUGUUGAAUAUGAA